CACCAUCAUCACAUCACCUCCAUUACCUUUCUUCGCAGAGCAAUGCCAGCCAAGACGCUCGCCGCUUCACUCGCCGACUUGGAUGAUGUAGCACCGCAAGAUGAGGAUAUGAUCGCUGCUGGUCCAUCGAAGCCCUCAAGGUCGAGAAAGAGCGGCGCGUCAGACGAUGAAGGAGGAAACGACGACGACGAAGGUGAUGACGACGACGAGACAGCGUCGAUCGAUCGAUCACACUACACCGACGUAGGCAAGAGCGAUAGGAGGAGAAAGGCAAAUCUGUCAGAAGAUGCGACGGGUACACUGAGAUCGGGAAGAUAUGCUGGCAAGACGGCUACGCUGGCUGAUAUGCAGGAGAGCGAAGACGGCGACGACGACGACGACGAGGAUGAAGAUGAGGAGCUCGACAGCGGCAGAGAAGACGAGGAUCUCGAUGAAGAGGAUGGCGAUGAAGAAGAAGAGCUCAUGGGUAGCGAUGCCGAGUCAGUGGGCAGCUCUGCUCCCUCCAUCGAGCCAGUCAAGACCAAGGGCAAAACAACGCAAGCCAAAAAGUCCAAAUCAGUCCGCUUUGCUCGCGAAGAUGAGGACGACGCCGAUGCAAUAGCCACGGCAUCCUCUUCGCAUCCUACCCUCUCUUCCUCUCUUGCCUCUCAAUCACGCCUCCUCAGCACGCUACGAGACGAGGCAAAGAGCGACGCCGAGCGCGGCGAGGUCGUGGAGGCCGACUUGGCGCUGUGGCAUCGAACUUUGGAGAAUCGUAUUCGCCUCGAGCGGGUGGUUGGGGGAAGCAAGGGCUUGGGAAAGAUAGAGCCAAGGGCGUACAGGCGUUUGUUGGAGGAGGCGGAGGAGCAGGAAGCAGAGAGUAGCAAGACUGCGCAGGCUCAUCGUGAGCUCCUUGCUAGCUUGCAAGACCAUGCGGAUCUCCUGCUGGAGGCGCAGGCUGAGCUGGUGGCUUCGUGCGUGGGACGAGAGGGCGAACAAGAGGACGAGGAGCAGCGUGCCAUCCUGCAGGAGGUAGCAGCCACAGGGGAGAAGCGCAAGGCUCGCGAUGAGGCUGGAGAAGAAGAGGAGGACGAAGACGAGCUUCGUGCUCGUCAUUCUCGGCAUACCUCCCUCUUACUCCGCUUCACACGAGACGCUCUGCAGCCCUUUGCCACCUCGGUCUUGGACAAGCACUCUGCACAAGCGUCUAGCUCUGCAUUGGGUGCUGACUCGAACAAGUUCUCGGCCAGCUCAGCCCCGCUCAAAGCCUUUAACCAGAGCAUCCCACGUCAAGUCGACUCGGCAAUGGCAGGCGAAGCGGGUAAGAGGUUAGUGGAGAGGACGAAAAAGUUCAGAGGCGCCGCCGGGGGUGUUGAGGGGGCUCAAGGUGCAAAGAGGAUUGGUGCUGAGCUUCUCGACGACGACGGCAACGAAGAAGAAGACGAGCAGAACGGUGCAGCGGCGCAGGACAAGGACAUGGACGUGGAGACAUUCGACGACUCGGACUUCUAUGCCUGGCUAUUACGCUCCCUCAUCGAGUCGCAGCAAACUACUGGGGCAGCAACGAACGGCUCCGCCCUACCAUCGACAUCCGAUGGUGCAUCCGCCACCCCCCUCUUCCACCCGCGCACCAACACCAAGACCAAAGGGAUCGACACACGCGCUUCCAAGGGGCGUAAGUUGCGAUUCGAGGUCAUUGAGAAGGUGGCCAACUUUAUGCCUAGGAUUGAGACUCAAGAUGGAGAAAAGGGGGCGAGAUGGACGAGGGAUAUGGUGGAUAGACUGUUCGCGUCUUUGCCCUUUGCUGCUACUGUGCAGAAAGGUGGGAAGAAGGCGAAGAAGGCGAGAUUGCCCGUGGAGGAGGAGAAGGAGGAGGCGGAGAGUGAUGAUGAGGAAGAUGGGGAGAAGCCGAUAGCAGGUGGGGAGCUGGGUGAUUUGAGACUGUUUGGGUAGGACUGCUCGUAAGUCAAAAUGCAAAGCAUAUCCU